GGGGCGGAGCCACGCCAACCGCCCCGCGUUUGCGCAGGCGCGGGCUCCAGCUGGUUUGAGCGCCGUGGCGCCGUGAGGUGAGUCGGCGCAGAGUCACAGCCAGCUCUGACUGCAGUAGAGGGCUGUCUGACUCCUUUCAGUGGGCAUCAUGCAAAGAGCUUCCCGGCUGAAGAGGGAGCUGAAGCUGUUAGCCACAGAGCCACCCCCAGGUAUCACAUGCUGGCAGGAUAAAGACCAAAUGGAUAAUCUUCAAGCACAAAUAUUAGGUGGAGCCAACACACCUUAUGAAAAAGGUGUUUUCAAGCUGGAAGUUAUCAUUCCUGAGAGGUACCCAUUUGAGCCUCCUCAGAUCCGAUUUCUGACUCCAAUUUACCAUCCAAACAUUGAUUCUGCUGGAAGGAUUUGUCUUGAUGUUCUCAAAUUGCCACCUAAAGGUGCGUGGAGGCCAUCCCUCAACAUUGCGACUGUGCUGACUUCCAUUCAGUUGCUCAUGUCAGAACCUAACCCUGAUGACCCUCUCAUGGCUGACAUAUCCUCAGAAUUUAAGUAUAAUAAGCCAGUCUUCCUCAAGAAUGCCAGGCAGUGGACAGAGAAACAUGCAAGACAGAAACAGAAGGCUGAUGAGGAAGAGAUGCCCAGGAAGCUGUCGGAGACCAGUGAUUCACAAGUUCACAACACAGCACAGAAAAGGAAAGCUGGGGAGUUCGGAGGCAAAGAAAAGAAAAUUUGCCCUGAUGUUUAGGGCUUUGUUCCAGUUUGUCUUAGUUAAGAUAUUCUUUGCCAAGAUGGUCUGAUUUGCCUACCUUUCUGGAAUGUUUUUCUUUGUUGGUGGUGACAUAACUGUUGUAUACUGUAAAGCAGAUCUUGUAUAUUUAUAUAUUCUGCUCUACACUGAUUCUCUGAGCAUAGUUUAUUUUAUUUAGCUUGUACAUGCGUAUUUUAAAACCUUUUCAACCUAAAAAAUAAAUAACCAUUUUAUGUUGA